AGGACCUGAUCGACGAGGAAGGUUGAAACACAUGCAAUUAUUGCUCUGACUGCUUUGAAAAUGGCAGAUACUUCCGCGGAGUACACUUCUCUGGGGUGUGCCAUGGUUGUCAAGGAGAUACUGUUUGAUCUUGGCUGCCUUGGUCCAGCCCUUGUCAUUAUUUUGAUACUGGCCUUUUUCAAGCGGAGGGUUAAAUUUAAACUUCAAAGCUGCAAUGGAUAUCCUGGCCUGCUGAUACCAUUUAAUUUUUUAGGUGGUUUUAGCAACAGAUUUACAAUUGCUGUUACCUUUGGAGCCACUGCAGGUACAUGCCUGAAAAUGUUUCUUAAUCCAGAAGAAGGACUUUUUCAGAUGCCUGACCCAGCCGGAUGGGUGCAGGUUUUUCAGAAUAUUAUCACUGUUCUGGUAUAUGGGAUCCUGUUCUACCCAUUUUUUGCCUGUCUGACAACUGAGAACAGACUGGUUGGGUCCUUGCUGGGGUUUCUCUACGUUACAGUUAGAUUCAGCGUCAAACUGGUGAUGGAUUUUCAGUGUGCAAGGUACUAUGAGGGAGAGUAUUUGAGGGAAUUGUUCUACCUGAGAUAUCUAGGGUCAGUUCCAACCAACCUUUGCCUUGCAUUCAUUUGGAUAAGGUUUGGUGUCCUGCUCUAUCGUGAAGUGCGAAAGAAGUGGUUCUCAUCUGAAAUAAGGGGUGGCGAUGAAAUCCGUGAUACGCGUUUGGCCAGAGAGACGGAGAUCACUUACAUGACGGAACUUUUGAAUCCAGGAUCAGUUCCGGCGAAUAUGGUGGAACUGAAUUGGUGUUCAAGGCUACUUCGUCGUUUUUACACACCAAGGAAAGACUUCAAAUUUUCGACGCAAUUCAUUUCAACAACGCUGGUGAGCGCUUUAAUGGUCUUUCAGGUUUUCAUGGCAAUUCUUUCCUAUAUGGACGUACUUAGAAGGAAAUAUAUUCAAAUCUACAAGGACAAUGGUGACACCAGCUGGGCUAAUUAUAUGGACGUCGUCUAUGGCGGGAUAGAAGCAGGACUUGUCUUGUCUGCUGUCAUUUCUCUUUUGAUGUUGCUUCACUUCAUGAAAUGCCAUCGAGAACACGUGCUUCAGUUAUAUCGAGGGCAAGCAACAUUUUCUCAGGACCUAUUCUUGACACCUGCAAAUUCAGUGGGAAAGAGUCUUCGAUUUUCAGGAUUUCACAUAGCUUACACUAUAAUUGGUUUUGGGACUCUGUCUAUUUUCCUGUCAAUUGUGGCCAUUGCUAUGGCGAUCAUUUUCAAAGAUCCGAAAGAAUUCCUUACCCCAGAAGUUUGGACAUAUUUGAAAGGCACCGGAAUUUCUUUCAUACCCACCUUGGCCUUGAUUAUUUCUUUGAUGUUGUUCCAGUUGUUUCUGACACGUUUUGUCUUCCGUGACUCAACCUAUCCGAGUAUAACUGUCACGAUUGAUAACAGGCGACUAUUCUCCAUCCUGUCGUACUUUUUCUUCUUCUACAACAUAAUUCUUGGACUAUUCUCUGGUUUCAUGCGAAUUCUAAAGGGCAUGCUCUUGGGAGUGAUAUUCAUCUCGCGCAUUGACCGAACAUCACUGAUGCAAGGAUUCCAGGCUUGGGACAAAGCCUUUGUCGCAUACCUUGGUUUUGUGACUGUGCUGGUUGCCCACAGACAUCCCGUGAUGCUGGUGUUCUGCCAGUUGCUUAUUGACAGACAAAAAGGUCACCAGCCCCUGCAAGAGCGAUCUCCGGCUAAGCCUGUAUAUCGUAGGUUCGGCGCCGGGACAGGACGUUCUGAAGGCUUUAGUCAGGAGUACCGUCAGCCGCGCAUGUCUCAAAAGGCCGUCAACCGCUGGCUCCUGGCCUUGACUCUCUUGCGCAACCCAUCUCUUAUAAAGUACCGCUGCCAAGGCCGACAUGUCACGGCGACUGUUGUGACUCUUGAGAGCAUCAAUUUUGACAUUCCAGUGUAAAACUGUCAGACUAACUCAGAAGAAAGAACAUUGUUCGCUUUGUAUAGUUCACUUUGCCGGAGAUCUGCUGUAGUUUGGGGUAUCACAAAUGUAGGGGUCUCCUUCGUUAGUGAGUGCAGUGUAUAUUAUAAACAAUAAAGAGCAAGCAGUUUAUGUUAUGCUAAAAGCCAAGUAUAUAUGAAAGGUAAAAAUCAAGUAAAAAUGAUAAAU